CAGCUUGACUCCUGGGAUAUCACCAUUGUAAAUAAGCGGGAUGAGUCACGGCCUUGCGCAAGAGGCCUGCAAAAAUACGACGAUGCCACAUUUGGACGUGACGGUACUUUUCGAGAGCUCACCCCAGAAUUCGACUUUUCGCCCGUCGACCUUCAAGAGACGCCGCUGCUUGCAUCAUCGUCAUUCCAUCUCCUUGGGGCGCCUGCGAUGUGUUCCACGUACGUCGAACAGAUUCUUCGAUUGCGCGCCAGACAUUCGAUUCGGGACUCGCCCCUGCUGGUCUGGGAACCGGAGCCGCGUACCAGCCUCACCCGAAACCUAUCCUCCACCGUUUCUGCGGCGUCCAAGAUAAACGUUCUCUCCCCGAACCAUCUUGAACUCCGCCGGCUGUUUAUAGAGCAUCCGGUAACGCCGAGGCCGACUACAAUCGAGAUUGAGGAAUAUGGCAAGCAAUUGCUAGAUCUGGGAAUCGGACCCAACGGCAGCGGGCUAUUGAUUGUGUGCGCUGCGGAAUUGGGCUGCAUGGUGGUAUCUCGCGAAUUGUCACCGCGUUGGUUUCCGGCAUACUAUGGGCCGCAGGAGGAUAUGGAGUGCAGAGCUAAGCAGGGAGAAGAAGUCGAGUUUAACCGGGCUGUGGUUGAUCCCACUGGUGCUGGAAAUGCUUUCCUUGGGGCUUUCACUAUCGAAUAUGCCGCUUCUGGAGACCUAGUUGAGGCUAUCUGUCAGGCCAUGGUUGCGGAAAGUUUUACUGUGCAACAAAUAGCAUUCCCAACGAAAGGUGAGGAUGAAACGGGGCAGACAGAGACUUGGAAUGGCGAGGCAGCAAGGGAACGGUUGGACUUAUACAAAAAGAGGCUAGAUAUCGAUAACUAA